ACCAAAGCAGUGCUUAAGAGCCCACUCGCUGUUGUAAUUGGUUAGUCAUUCUAGCUAUUUAGAAGUCUAGUAUGUACGUGAAGACAUUUGGCGCUCAUAUUCUCCGUUGUACACAGCACUUUGGAAAACCAUACUGACUUUUCCUCAAGUUGGACACUGACGCUUUUUGGGAAGGCUACAUACUGAAUGCAUUGGAUAUAGAAUUCCACAGAUUCCAUCAUAAAGAUGUGGUACGCGGUGAAUUGGUCGAGUGCGUGGCUAACCUGGGUUUUCAUACUCUUGGACACACUUUCACCAGCUCAAGCAGGAAAGUGCCCAAAGGUCUGCAUCUGUGACAACUCCAAACUCAUUGUGGCCUGUAUCAACAAGAAUCUCACUCAGGUUCCCGCCACAAUAGAUGAGAUUACAGUGAAACUGGACCUGAGUAAAAAUGACAUCCAGGUGCUACCAGUCAAUGCGUUCCUGCACACACCGCACCUCACCCACCUCACCUUGCGUCGAUGUAACAUCAGAACAAUACGCGAGGGGGCCUUUCGAACACUAGGCCGCCUGGUCUACCUCAACCUGGCCAACAACAACAUUGAGAUACUUUACCAGGAGUCGUUUGACGGCCUGUCGUCCCUGAAGCAGCUGACACUGGACCAUAACCGUGUGGAGGAGAUCCAGCCAGGGGCCUUCACUCAGCUGGGCGUCCUCAACAUGCUGUCCCUCACACACAACCAGCUGGUCUACAUGCCCAACAUGGCCUUCCAGGGCCUGCACAACAUCAAGGGGCUUCACCUCGGUUACAAUUCCCUCAACAACCUUGCCCCGGAGGCCUUUGCAGGCCUCUUCACCCUGACACGCCUCAGCCUCGACCACAAUGAGCUGCAGUUCUUCCCUACACAGACUAUGACCAGACUGGUUGAAGUCACCCGCCUAGAUCUGAGCUACAACCCCAUAACAUACCUAGGUGAGGAUGCUGUCUCCAUGCCUAAACUUGCCUACCUCUACCUAGACCACAUAUCUCUCCAGGACCUCUCAGACACGGCCAUGUCCCAGGCUCCCCUCCUCUCCCAUCUGGACCUCAGCCAUAACCAGCUACGCUACAUGGAGCCCCUCUCUGGCCCCAAAGAGCUAGCCCGCCUCAAUCUGACAGGAAACCCCAUCAAUUGUAACUGCUACCUGAGGCCCCUGAAGGAGUGGGCAAAGAAGGGGAAGGUGAAGCUACUGGGGGUCUGUGCGGGUCCCCCGCACCUCACUGAUGAGUCCCUGGAGGCAGUAGGGCCCUUGGAGCUGCGCUGCCGGAGCAGGGAGGACAUGAUAAAGGAGGAGUUUGAGGAACACGAGGAGAGCAGAGAGCGUGCACUGCCCACAGCCAAACCUAAGGAGAGGAGCAAGUGCCCAUCUAACUGUGACUGCAACGUGGAGGCUCAGCAUGCCACUUGUGAGAACCGUGGACACACCAAAGUCCCCCGCGGCUUUCCCUCUAACACCCAGCUUCUAGAUCUGCGCCGCAACCACUUUCAUUUUCUUCCUACUAAGAGUUUCCCCGGCACGGGUCACGUGGUGUCUCUACAUCUGGAGCACUGUAAGAUCCAUGAGAUCGACGGUAGUGCCUUCCAGGGCAUGAAGGCUCUAGUGUACCUCUACCUGUCUGACAAUGAUCUCACCUCCCUCAGCCCUGGGACCUUUACUGGGGCCCCUGAACUCACCUACCUCCACCUGGAAGGGAACUGGCUGGCCACAUUCCCUGGAGCUGCUCUGGCUCCCUUGUCCAGCCUGCUUGUGCUCCACCUGGAGAGAAACACUAUGAGUAAGCUGGAUCAGGAAGGCCUGCUCUCCUCAGUCCCCAAGCUGAGAGGACUCUACCUGACCAACAACACCCUAUCCAUCAUAGCCCCAGGAGCUCUCAACUCCGCGCACCUGGACACUCUUCACCUAGGGUCCAAUCUGCUUUCAGAGGUGCCUACCGACGGGCUGUCCAAGGCCUCCAGUCUGGCAAAGCUCCAUCUCUCUGGAAAUCCAAUCCGCUGGGUUGGGCCAAAGGCGUUCCUUCCUGUUUCCAAGUGCCUGAAACAGCUGUACAUGGACGAGAUGGGUCUGGAGAAGAUGUCUCAAGACUCCCUGGCGGGGCUGGGCUAUGGGCUGACCACUCUGUCUCUGGAGAGAAACCAGCUAGAGGGGUUGCCUGACCUGAGCCCUCUCAUUGGAUUAGAGGUCCUCAACCUGGCCCAGAACCCCCUGCUGUGUGACUGCACACUGCUACCGCUCCGCAGGUGGAUGGAGAAUAUGACGAUGAAGGUGACAGCCACCUGUGGUCACCCCCCUGAGCUCUGGGACCAAAGUGUGAGGGAUGUCCAUGUCUUUAACAACUGCUCAAGUAUCUCCCCUGGCAGGCCCCUCAAAGGACUCAAAACCCCCAAAUCAAUUAAACCUAAACUCACUCUCCAAAAGAUGACCAAAGCAAAAGCCAUGCCAGGAAGGUUUCAACCCAAGCCAACCAAGCCAGGAAGGGUUAAACCCAACCCAAAAGCCCUUCCUCUGAAGAACCCCCAAGCACUAGCUUCCAGAAAAGACAAGAAAACAUUGUAAUUAGUGGUACAAAUUUCUUGUAAGUCUACUGAUUGGACAGAACUCAAUUGGCACAACCUGGCAAGUGCCAUUUAAUCUCACCUCACUGAAUGUAAAAUAUAUUCUCCAUAAUAUACCUGUAAACAUUUUAUGUUUUCCACUUUUUAACAUGUUUUUUCCCCCCAAUUUUGUGAUAUCCUAUUUGAGAUGAAGGCCUUGUUUAUUGGCAACAGCUACUGUUCUGCUCUUCAUCUUAAUUUUCCCCUAGAAGUAUCCUUUUCCCAAGAAGUGUUUAUUUUUAGCAUUUUAAGAUGUCAGGGCAGUUAGAAGAGCCAGAGUGCAAGAGACCCAGUCUUAUUCGCAGUAUCAUACCGUUGCAGUCCAAUAUAUUGACACCCAAGCACUUUUCUUAAAUAAUUCCCCAUUCUUGUAAAAUGUAUUAAAAUGUUAAUUCAGCUUU